GCUUGUAGGAUUGCCACAUUGCCAUGAGAGCUUCCAGCAGAAUAAAGAAGAGAAAAAAAGAGGUAGAACAGUAAAGACCAUAGUGAAGCAAAGUCCUCCAUGCAUGGAUCCAAUUAACAAGAUCAUCAACUUCUUGUUUCCUCUUUUAACCUUGUAUGCACUUCUCGUCUUCUACCCAACUUACCAAAGGCUCAAAUCCGUUGUCUCCAUCUGCCGGAAUCUGUUCCCGGAAAAUGUCGCCGGAAAAGUUGUUGUCAUCACCGGAGCAGCUUCUGGCAUCGGCGAGGCUCUAGCGUAUGAGUAUGGGAAGAGAGGAGCGUAUUUAGCACUAGUUGACAUAAGAGGAGAUCCUCUCUUCCAUGUCGCGGCUCUAGCUGAGCUCUAUGGCUCCCCUGAAGUUAUGCCCUUAGUCGCGGAUGUUUCCAAACUAGAAGAUUGUGAGCGUUUUAUCCGAGCCACGGUUCUUCAUUUUGGCCGAUUGGAUCAUCUAGUGACGAAUGCUGGAGUUGCUCCACUCUAUUUGUUUGAAGACAUCGAUGAUCUCUCUAAGGCUUCGCCGGCUAUGGACAUAAACUUCUGGGGAUCUGUGUAUUGUACAUUCUAUGCGUCUCCAUACCUAAAGAAGUCCAGAGGAAGGAUUGUCGCGAUUGCUUCUGGAUGUGGUUACAUUGCGUCACCUAGAUUGAGCUUUUAUUGUGCAAGUAAAGCCGCUCUGAUCGCCUUUUACGAAACACUAAGAACAGAGUUUGGAUCAGAGAUAGGUAUUACAAUAGUAGCACCAGGGGUCGUUGACUCGGAAUUGAGCCGAGGCAAGUUCAUGACAAAGGAUGGCAACCUCGUUGUGGAUAAAGAGCUAAGAGAUGUGCAAGUAAGCGUAUUGCCAGUGGAAUCAGCAGAGAGGUGUGCGAAGGCGAUAAUGAAGAGUGUGUGUAGAGGAGAUAGGUACUUGUUGGAACCCAGCUGGAUCGGUUGUGUAAUAUUGUGGAAGGUGUUUUGUUCAGAAGUAACAGAGUCCAUAGCCCGUUGGCUGCUGAUGGCCGGACCAACAUUGCCAGUGACGGAAGCUCCUACCAAGAAGAUCCUUGAUGUAGCCAAUGCCUUUAGAUCCUUCUUCUCUUUACCGCAUUACUAAUUAGUUAUAUCGAUAUUUUAGUCCUUUUCUUGUGUUGUUUUCAUUUAAACCAAAACAAGAUGACUACGGACUCUCGAUAGAUUGGCCAAAUUGAAAAUGACUCAUAUGACAUAUCCUGUUUUAAUUAGUUACACUUAA